AUGGAUUCGCCAACACAGAUUACAAGAUCGCUAUUUCCGAUUUGUGAAAUCAAGGUUAGUUCUUUGGAGGGAAAGUUUUGAAAUUUCUUUUUAAUUUUUGCGCGAAAUCGAGAUUAGAUUUUGUAACGCUUGGAACAUUUUUAGAGAAUUUUUGAAAAUUUAUAAUAGGAAUUAAAAGUGUGCAAAAAAUUAUUUCGAAAUCGCGAUCUUAUCAGUUUUAGGUACCAAAACCAAUCACAAAAAUUCAGAAAAUAUUUAAAAAAAAAACUGCUUUUUCUGAAAAAAAAAUUGAAAAAAAAAUUAUUUUUUUCAAAUUUCUCUCCCAUCUUUGUUCUAAACAACACAUUUCCGCACAAAACUUUAUAAGGACUCUUUCAUGUUUUUCUUCAAAAUGUAUGCUCUUCUGUGGCUCUUUGUUAUCUAAUGUGAGUUUAUGAUACUCAGUUUUUUAAUCUCUAAUUUUAUUUGAAAUUCUGAAGGUUGGACUAUUCUUCUCAUGAUCUUAAAUUCGAAUAUCUCAAGACUUCCAACAUUUUACAACAAUUAGAAUACGUUCAAACAACACCUUGAAUCACAUUUUCUCUUUUUCAUUCAAUUUCAUUUCAUACAAAUUACGAUAAGAAAAUGAAAUGAAGCGAAACCGACAAGCAUAAUAACAAUGUCUUCUUUUUUGCUAAUAUUAUAUUAUUAUACAGUUUGUUUUGAUUCGAUGUGACAUUUGGAUUUCGGCCAAGUUUGAUUUUACAAAAAAAAGCUAUCGUUUUUUUUCGAACGUCUAUGGUAGCAAAAAAUUAUAUUUACUUUCAAAUGUGUUCAAAAACCAAGUAGCUUUUCUAUACCAAACUGGUUUUGUUCGAUGUUUCAAAAAAAUUUGCCAACAAUGUUCCAUUUUCAAAAAAAAAAAAACAAAUUCUCUUUCGUUCGCUCACCUUUUAUAAAUUUAUUUCUAUCAUCAUUGUUUUUAUGAUAAUUGAAGAGAGAGUUUGCGGGAUUGAGAGAAGCAGACAAUUUAAUUUGCAUAAGAAGUGUUUUUGUGAAGAGUAGGCGGAGGGGUCGUCGUGAGGAGCAAAGCCAAAAUAUUUGAUUUUCUCCCCGUAAAUAUAUAAUUUUUGUGUAUAUUUUUGAUAGAUUGAUAGAUUUGCGAUUAGGAUAUUUAUUUUCAAGAAAUUUUAAUUUAUGUAAAUAUAAUGGGAUUUCUCCUGCAUUAUAAUUUGUUUCUAGAUUUUAUUUUGGAUUUGUUGAACAUCUUUUGCGUUGUAUUAGUUUUUUUCAAAAAUUUAACUAUUUCCGGUCAUUCUGGAAUAAUUAAUUUUGACGAAAAAAUGAAUUCUAACUACCUUUCUGAAAAUUUCUUUAAAAAAACGACUUUUCAAUUUCCAAAAAUUUCCAAACUGUCCUUUUUUUCUGAAAAUUAAAAAAAAAGUUUUACGUUAAAAAUUGCCAUUUCUCUUUUCCUCGAAAAAAAAUAAUUUUCUAUAAUUUUUCUCAAUAUUUCUCACAUUAAUAAAAUCACCCUACAACUCUGAUUUCCUAGUUUUUUCUUGUGUUUUUCUUUCUUCACUCCUUCUCAAAAUGUUCCAUCUUCUCAAAUUUCUAAACUAACUCAACUCCUCUUCAUUUUUUUCCUUUUCUUGUCUUUUCAUAACAACAUAUGGCUUUAUCGAAAAUGACCCUUUGCUACUUUUUUUUCAAUUCAAUUAGCCAGAUGCUCUUAUAUUCCGCGCGAGUAUAAAAAUAGAGAUGAAAAAGAGAAAAGAAAGAAAGAAGAAGAAAUUCGAUUUCCGGACAGCGGACCAACUAAAUUGGUGUUUUUUUUGUUUAUUAUCUUGCUCGCCAGACACAAACUUUUUUCGAAUCUAAAAUUAUUGAUUUUCAUCCAUUUUUUCGUUUUUCUAACUCGUAAACAGUUAAGUAAUCUCAUAAAAAUAGUACAUAAAUAAGUAUAAUUUUUUAUUGUUAUUAUUAGUUAUUAGUCUCUGAUAGUCAGUAUCUCUUUGGAUACAAUUUUAUUAUUUUUCUAUCUCGUUUUUUCUUUUCUCGCACCGUAGGUUAUUCGACCUGUAGUUUGAUUGACGACUGUUUAUUUUAUUGCCAUCUUCGACAUGUCACCUUUUCGAUUUUUUGCAGAAAUAAAUGUUAUUUUUGUUCGGGAAACAGAUAAGAAGAGAGAACUCUCAAAGUUUUGUGUCAUUUUUUUAUUUGAGAAAAACAUAUGGAAACCUUCCGGAACUUAUUUAUUUAUUUUUCUAUGCGCUCUUUUUUCUCGUAGAUUCUGGGUUUUUUCAAAUGUCAUCAGAUGUUUUUAUUACUUAUUGACCUUGUGUCAAAUAGUCGAGCCUAGAAAUCUUAGUUGUCAAGUGACUUUAUUUUAAGGAGCCAUGCCUUGAGAGCUUAAACAACCCUAGUAAUCCUGGUUUUCACGUUUGAAUUUGAAAAAAAAUUUCAAUGUUGGAUUUUUAUAUCAUAAAGCGGUGGCCAAGGUGUUUUUGUAUAUAGAAUUUUGUUUUUUUCCUUUGAUCAUUUUUAUUGAAAAAAUCAGCUUUUUCCAUUUUCCUCUUCCGAUAAUUUGUUCAUUUCCUGAAAAACCAAACAAAAUAUUUUUCCCAGAGAUUACUGUAAUCACCUUGCACUUACCUUUUUCUAUUUCUAUUCACUCGGUUUUUUGUUGUUGUUCCCAUGAACUUCUCCUUCUUCUUCUUUUGUCUAUUUUUACCUGAACAAAGGCGCCAAUGCGCGGGAAAAACCAACUACUAUUGAUUUUCUGCACCCUUCGAUGGCGCCAAAAUUUAUAUCUCUUUCUUCUCUUGGGUUUUUUUAUUUGAAAUAAAACCCAUGUUAUUCUUAUUUUCCUCCUUCUUCUUCUUCUUCUUCUUCUUCUACAUCCAUCUUUUUAUUAAUAUUAUUAUGACAUACCCAGAUGUUUUCUAGCUACUUAAAAAUCUCAUUAAUUAAUUAAUUGCAAAAAAAUGAAGAAUAAGAGAAGAAAGGCACUUUUUCGCGCUUAUCAACUUUUCACACUAUUAAUAGAUUUGUCAAUGUCAGUUUUUGUUCCGAUUUUAUUUGACACCGUAUCCACUUUUUUGACAUUCUGAUUGUAACAUCCACAUCUUCACCUUCCAACAACAAAAAAUUGCAUAAUAAAUUUUGCUGUUCUUCGUACAGGUGCUCUUUUUUCAUCUUAUAUUCUUCUUCUUUUUUUUCAUUUUAUAUUACACAUUUACACCACAAUGACAUGUCUUUUGAGAUUUUUUGAGCUGGCGAAAAUCAGUAUAGAUAUCUGUGAGCUGGCUUUAUCUCCGAAGAUAAAGAAGAAGAAGAAGACGAAUAUUAUUUUUGUGGGAUUUUUUUUCAUUAUUAUUUUUUAUUGGCUUUGACUGAUGAUGAUUGAUUAUCAAAAGUUGUGAGGGUGGACUGCAAAAAAGAAAUGAGCAAAGAGGGAGAAGAAGAUUUUUCAUGAGCAACAUUUUAUGUUACUUACUUGAUUUAUUGUGAAAUAUUUUUCUCAUUACUGUUGAUUUUGAAAAAAUUAUGAUUUUCAGAUUGUUCUAUGUAGUUUGUAAUUACCUACGCCACAUUAGGCUUUCUGAUAGAACUAGUUUAAGUGUAUGUUAAACACAAAAUGCAAAGAUUCUGAAUUCACAAAUCUACAAAACGUAAAUAGUAGAAAAUUUAUUUUGAUGAACUUUAGUCCUGAACUCUUCAAAUUAAUCAUCUGAUCAACAAUACUAUCUUCUUAUCAACUAAACUACAGUACUUGUCCUUUUCCCCCAAUCUUCUAUAUUUCUCCGAAAAUCUUCCAAGUUUAAAGUAUCAAUUGUGGUUUCUAAUUACCUUCUCCCGCUUUUCCCUCACUCUGAGUCAAAAAAAAAUAAAAAUAUCCGAUUUCAAAACCCUUUUUCUUCAUUCAUUUUUCCUGACAACUUUUUUGCCGCUUCUUCAAUCUGAUUCAUCUAUAAACUCGUUGCAAGAUAAAUCAUUCGGUCUCGAACAGCAGCAAUCCAUUCUAUUUUCAGGGUCAUUUUUCUGUUGUUUUUUUCGCUAUUGAAAAGGUGACCAGGCAGCGCCAGAUGUGUAACUUUGAUAUACAUCCAAACCAACACCUUUGAGAAUGCGAAAAUUCGCCGCCGACGAAAAUAUUUUUCUGAAGUUUUGGUUUUAGUUUUAGACUUAGAUUCUGGAUAUUUUUUCUGGAAACUGUCACUAUGUUCAAACAUCAAAACAUGACAAAAAACCAGUACAGUUUCCAAAAUAAAAUUAUUCAAAUAAUAUUUUUGUGAAUAAAUUAAUAGCGACGCCAUUUUUUGCCUCCUUUUUUCCAACAGUUGUUACACUCAACUUUUGGCGCCAAAUGAAAAUCGAUUGGCUUUUGUUAAUUAAUUUCAAUUUGAAUGGUUGAGGCUUCGUUUUUCUUUAGCGUGCGUUUAUUGGAAUUUGAAGAGUGUUUUUUUUUUCUGGAAAUGAAAAAUUGACUUUGACAUUUUUAGUUGAAAAUAGUUGUUGAAAAUUUAAAUUAUUUGGAAAAUUAUUCAUAUUGAGCUCAAUAAAUUUAUUUGUUUCACAAUUUGUCAGUUAAAAAAUCAUUUUUGAGUUUUUCAAAAAAAUGAUUAAUGUAAGCUUUAUGGAAUUUCAGAAAUUGAUGUUAGACUAGGAAAAAUUUAUUUCGCCUGCAAUUUUUGAUUCUGGAAAUUAUUUUCUUUUUUUUAAAAUCAUUUUUGAGUUUUUCAAAAAUAAAUGCAGUCAGCCGCCACACCCCAGCCAAAAAAAAAUCAGAGAAGCGAAUCGAAUCCAAACCAUAACACAUGUCUGCUAAGUCCACUUAAUCCCACUUCUAAACACAACACUACUAUUGAAGAAGCAGCAGCACACAGUGCGCAAAUAUUUGAAACCCCCCCCCCCAUUUUUUGUGUUUUUCUUUAUGGUAGAAGUAUUUAGUACAACUUGGCGGGAUUUUCUUAUCUUUUUUUGUUCGUAAAAGUUCGAAAAUUAUAUUUGCACAAUUUUAAAAUAGUGAAAAAAGUUCUGCAAUUUGUUAUAGUUUUUUGACAGUUGGAAGUCAAUACGGAUGUUUUGUUAGUGAAUCAUUUUUGGUUUUGUUUUUUUUUUCGAAAUAUGUAGUAUGAAUAAUAAUUUUCUCGGGUGUGAUAUUACAGUUUUUUUUUUUGGUCAUUUUCUUGGCUAAAAAAAUGAAUGUCCUUUUCAAGACUUCUUCAAGAUGAGAAACAUCUAAUUGCGCGCGCGAUAAAAUCUUUUUCAAUAAUUUUUUUGCGUCGUUCACAUCUCCUCUAACUUUCCUAAUUAGGUUAAUCAAUAGAAUCCCCUCUGAUUUAUGGCUUUUCGGCACUUUUAAUCUUUAUGAUGUUUUUGUUUUUUCGCAAGGGUGGGAAGAAUUUCCCAGGACUUAUCAGAAUACGUAUCAAAAUAUUCCUGAUAAUCUUUUUCUAUUUAGAAUCUUCUUGGUUUCACCAAAAUAAUUUUCUGUCAUUUUUUCAGAUAAAAAUGUUGGCAGCAACAAACGAAAAGCUGUCAAUACGAAUAGAUCGAGGACAUCGUCCAGCGAUUCAGCAGACGACAUCGAAUCAAAUUCAAAUCAAUGUUCCAUUGGAUAUCUCGAUAAAUUAUCAACCAAUUAGUCAAGAAAUUAAACAUGGUUAUACAAUCAAAUUACAGCGAAUGCAACAACAAUAUAAAAUAACAUUGCAGCAUGUUCAUGAGAAGAAACCAGAAUGUGUUAUAUUUGCAGCGAAUUUGAAUAAGGAACAAGAAAUUAAAACGACUGUUAAGGAAGUUAAUUCAACCGUAGAAGAUGUGAGUUUUUAAAAGAAUUUUUAUAGAUUGUUUUUGAAUCGGAUUAUAGAGAUCUGCUUUUUUGAAAAAUCAGAUUUCAAAGUUUGAAUGUUAGUAGCAAAAAUUGACUAUUAUUUCAGAAUUGGUUCGAUUUAGAUUAUUUCAAACGAAAGUUCUAUCAAAUCGAGAGACCCCAGUUCCACAUUUUUAAUUUUUCCCAGUCAAAAUUUUAACUAAAUUUAGAUGACGAUUGCCGGUUCCAACCUCGAAGUCAAUGGUGUUCUUCGGGGCAAAAACCUGACGUUCGAAAGUACUGUAGGUACUAUGCAUGUUUAUGCGAAAAUCACAUGUUCUGGAAGUCUCCAUUUCCAUUCGCAGAAUGUUGUUCUUUCCACUGAAGCACUUCUUAGUUCUGAUGUAUUCAAGGUUAGUUUUUCUUAUUUUUUUCUAAUUUUAUAAAUUAUCGGUUUCCAGGCAAUUUGUCGAAAAUUGCAAAUUGAUGGUCGAAUUUUCCCAGCGGAAGAAGAUCGUGAUAUGUUGGUUGAAAUGGCUUGUGGUCUUGUUCAUAUUGGAGUUGAUGGAAGUGUUGGAGCUUCCAAUGAGAAAGAUAAUCGAACUCGACUCAAACCUCAGAAACAAAUUGUUGCUGCAAAUUUGAAAAUUCAAAUUGCUGGAGAUCUUGCAAACUAUGGAAAAAUUGUGGCGAAAAAUAAUAUUGAUAUGCAAAUACAUGGAAACUUGAUUUCACUUUCGGAUGGAAGUUUGGAUAGUGCUGGGAGAGGAUAUAAUGCAUUGAAAAAAUUGAGAAAAAUUGAUGGUGGAAAUGGUUGUGCACCAUCAAGUAGCACAAUGCAUUCGGCAAUUCAGAAUCAGAAUGCUGGAGCUGUUGCAAAUUUAAUUGAAAAUGGAGUUGAUUUGAAUGAUAGAAUUAGAGCUGCAAAAACAAAGAAAGUAACAUUGAGACAAUCAGCAAUUGCAGAAUAUAAAGAUGCAAGAGAAAAAUCAAAUUUGAAUUCAGUUCGAGAAAGAAUAACAUUAAUCAAUGCUCUUUUUGUUGCUCAUGAUUGGAGACGUGGAAGUAUUACAGCUAAUAAUAUUCAAGCAAUUAUUGCAAUGAAUUGUGAAGAUACAGCUCAAUUUAAUGCAAAAACUCUGAAAUUAAAAGUUGGAGGAAGUUCAAGUGUUGAAAAAGAUUCGAUUUGGAGUUCGACAUGGGUUGAAUUGGAAGUUAAAGGAAAUGUGAUAUUCAAUGGACAAACAAAAACUCGAAGUCUUAUUCUUCACAGUGGUGGAUUAGUUAGCACAUCUAAUGAUGGAAUAUUAUCAUUCGAACAAUUUGUUCGAGUUAGUUGUGUUCGAUUUGAAUGUGAUGGAAUGUGGUGUGCUGGAGAAUCUAUGGUUAUUGAUGCAUUUAAUAAUAUUGCAUUUAGACAAGGAUCUUAUAUUGAAUCAGAAAAACUUGAAAUUGAAAGUGCUGGAAAUUGUGAAGUUGAUGGAACUUGGCAACUCACAUCGUGUUGGUUACAUUGUCAAGAAAUGUUUACAGUUCAAUUGAAUGCCAAAUUAUUUAUCGAAGAAUCCGCAAAUAUUUCAUCAUUAAGUCUUCAUUUUAAUGGAUUCUGCCACGUCACAGAUCAACUUGAUUUGAUUCUUCAAGAUUCUGCACAUUUUUUCGGAUCAUCUCGACUCGAAACUCAUAUUUUCCGAUUAACAUGCAAAGCUUUCUGUACAAUCGGAGGUUAUGUUGGAAGUUCGGAUAUGAUUGUUUAUGUUCGAAAUGAAUUGAUUACAACUUCAACUGCAAAAGUUAUGGUUAUGAAUGAUGCUGAAGUUACGACUGGAUCAUUUAGAAAUGAUUCACUUUGGCAAAUCGAAAAGAAUUUGAAAAUGACAACUGGAACAAUUGAACAAUCGGAAGAUGGAACAAUGUUUGUCAAAUAUUCAAUGAAUGUUGUUAUUCAUGAAUCUUGUGAAGACGAAGUUUUUGGUGGAAGAUUAAUUUCAAGUGAUAUAAAUAUCAAAAGUUUAAAAUAUUGUGCAUUCGAUGGAUUGAUUCGUUGUAACGAAAUUCAAAUUGCACUUCCUUAUGUUGAUGAAUCAAUUAUGAUGUUGAAAGGACAAGUUGAUGUUGUGGCAGGUUCUCUAACUGUUAAUGGAAAUCUGAAAGUUUCCGAAGAAAAUCUUCGAGAACCUGUCAAACCUGGAUUGAUUUUGGCUUGCAAUUUGACAGCGGCAGCUAUCGUUGCUCCAUUUGCAUCAAUUCAUAUAUCAGAAUCUUCUGUCAUCAGGUAAUUCUUACAAUCAAAUUUUAUAAUUCCAAAAAAAUAUUCCAGAUUGAAUGGAAUUGAAUCGAAAAAUGAUAAAGAGUUCAAUAUUUUGAUCAAUUCUGGAGCACUUUCAACUGCAAAAGAAAGUGUUGUUUUAUCAAUGGCUGGAUUGAAACCAAAACCUGAGGCUAUAAUUUGUGCCACAACAUUUUUCCACGCUGGUCAAAUCAAAUUCAAUGGUCAUGAAAUAAGUAUCAUCUCACCUGUUUUUGUACACGAAGGAAGAUUGACAAAUGUUGAAAACAAGCAGAAUCAUGUUAAAAGUCUGUUAAUUCAUAUUGGACAACUUUUAUUGAAUAAUGGAAUUAUUGCAUGUGAUCAUUUGGAAAUUAUUGGAGAUGGUAUUCUUGAAAAUACAAAUCGAAUUUAUGCAGUUGAAUCUAUGGAUAUUAAAUUGCGCAAUUUUAAUAAUGAUGAUGGUUUGAUUGAAUCAAAAAAUAGUAUGAAAUUAUUAGCAGUUUCAAAAGAAUGGACAAGACUUGGAGGAUCAAUUAAAGCCAAAAAACAUAUUGAUGUUUGUGCAAAUCGUUUGAAUGUUGCAAUUCGAAAUAUUCAAAAUUUAUCAGUUGACAAAAGACUCCAGUUCUCUGCAAAGACUGAUCUUUUACUAUCAAGUGAUGUUAUAGAUGAAUCAAAAGAAUUAUCAGUUGGAUGUGCUGCACAACAAAGUGUUGCAAUUGAUUGUCAAAUGCAAGUUGAUCGUCUUGAAGUUUUGCUUGGAGGAGAUCAAGAUAUUGCAUCUUUUGUUAUUCAUUCAAAUUCAACAAUUAUUGCAAAUACAAUUGUUGUUACUUCAAAAUCAGAAAAUGUUCAAGUUCUGUUUGAUGGAAAUAUUCAAUGUAAUCGUUUGAGAUUCACUGGAAAUGUCAAAAAUGUGUCAAUUGUUGGAGCUGGAAAUUUGGAAGCAAAUCAUGUUAUUAUGCCAAGUUCACAUAUUGCAUUUGAAAUGUAUAGUGUUGUAAGAAUCGAUGAAAUUCAAUGUAAAUCUUUCGAUGUUCUCGGUGAAAAUAUUUUACGACUUGAAUCAUGUGAAGGAGAAGAUACAACAACUAUGAUUGCUGAAGAUUUGAAUAUCGAAGGAACAUUGUUUUUGGAGAAGAAAUUAUUUGUAAAAUCACGAGAAGGAACUGUUCGAUUGAGUGGAUCAAUUUUGGGAUCAACUCCAACAAGUGAAAUUGCUUGUGAAACAACUAAAAUGAUUGUGAAAGGACAACUUGGAAAUUUCAAGUUUGCUGAACUUUUUGCGAGAGAAAGUAUUUCUUUGCAAAAUGAAAAGAUUCGAAAUGUUGAAAAGUUUUGUAUUGAAUGUUCUGAACUCAGCAUCUAUAAUGCAGAUAUUGAAUCUUGUCAAAAUAUCAGUAUAAAUUGCGAAUCAAUCACAUCUUCUGGAUUUAUUCAAGGAAAUAACACAUCAACUCUUGUUAUGCAUUCUACAAAUAUUCAUUCAAAAAUGGAUAUUUUGAAUAUGGAUAGAGUUUCAAUUUUCUGUAAAAGAUCUACUACUUUAAAAGGAAAAAUUGAAAAUGUUCAACAAUUUGAUGUUGAUUCAAAAUGGAUUAAUAUGAAUUGCGAACUCGAACAAAUAUUGCUCGUUAAACUCACCGCUUGGGCAAUUGUCAACAAUUCCCAAAUAUGUUCAGAUGUCAUAAGUGUGACAGCAUUGAGUGUUUUCGUCAACAAUUCUGCACUUCUCGCAAAAUCCAAGUGUCAAGUUGUUGCAACAUUUAUUUUAUCACUCACUCCAUUAUCAUCUAUUUUAUCUGAAGAUACAAAUAUUUAUUCACUUUGUCUUUGCACAAGAAAUGAUAUCACAACAACUGGAACUAAUUAUUUAUGGCUCAAGUUUGAUCCACAAACUAAAAUUGUAAGUUUUCCCUGAAAAAAAUAAUAUUUGACUCAUAAAUAAUUACAGAUGGGUGCUACGAAUUCGGAAAUGAAUUCUUGGAGAACAACAACUAAUUUAUUACAAGAUCGAUGGAUGACAACAACAAUUGAUGCUGAUGAAAUAUUGAUUGGUCUUAAAUAUAUUUCUGAUCUCCAAGCUAUCAAAAUCUCGUUGAACACUCAGAACAAUGUGUAUGAAAAUAUGUGUGAACUUUGUGCGAGAUUUGAUAAUACACCAAUUUCGCUUUUCAAUUUUGGAGAAUUUAUCAGCGUUUUGCAAACAACCAAAACAUUAUUACAAUUGCUUCAGGAUACAUCAUCUGGAGCUAAAAAUCAUAAGAAGAAAACAAAAUCAGAUGGAAGUUUGUAUGAAUCAUUAGUUCAAUUCAAACAUGGAAAAUAUAGCAAAGAAUCUGGUGAUUCAUCUGAUACUGAUAUCGGAUAUGUCAGUCGAAGUUCAAGCGAAGAUCUGAACUCAAAAACAAGUCGACCACGUUCACCUGUUGAUGUUUGUGAACCAACAACUAGUGACAAUUUCCAACAUUUGACACGUGUCGAACAACAAGUUGAACAACUUGAAUACGAUCUUGAACAUGAUUUAAAAUUAAGUCAUAUCGCAUAUGCGAUGAAAGAAGAAGAAGAACUUGCCGAGUUUGAACAACUCGAAGAUGAAUUGGAAAUGGCUGAAGAUGGAAUUAUUCGAACUGAUUAUAUUGUAUGUCGCGAGAAAAAUAUAUACCUUGCAAAGUGAGUUUUUGAAUUAAAACUUGAUUCAUUUCCAAUAUUUCGCAUUACAGAUUGAAGGAAAAAGUUCGAAAUGUUAGUGCUCCGCGGCCAAAAUUGACAUUACCGUUGCAACGAAUUCCAUCAUCAAAUGAUCUUGUGAUGAAGAAACUUCAGGUAACUCUAUAUUUGCUGAUAUUUUGCAAAUAACAAAAUUCCAGGUGAAACACGCGAUUUCAUCAUUUGAUCUUCGAUCAUUUGGAAGUCAAUCAUCUCUUGCUUCAUCACUUGAUUUUGGAACAGUUGCUGAUUUUGGCAAUCCACUUCAAUUCUCAUCUGCCUCAAGCCCCUUCCAACGCUCAAAAAUACCGCUCGGAUCAUUCCGCGCGCCCAAAAAACCGCUAUCGAGUCGUUGCGCAACACCCACAAUGUACUCAUCUUCUCGAUCGCUCAGAAAACUCGAAUGA